GGCUCAGGCUGCACAAAGCAGACCUCGAAAGGAAAAUCAACAUUUUUUUGACUCCAAUCCGUUUCUUCCAGCACCAUGGGCUCUGGAAGCAGCGCACAUGCCAAACAAAACUCCAGGAACCAGGGGAGCCGAUCCAGCCAAUCUUCGAAGAAGAGCCAUCAGAUGAUGGGAGUGGUCCCCUAUGCUGGUUGUGGCGGUGCUUCAGCGUUGUCUCGCUUCAGUGUCACCUGUCCGACGAACCGCUUUUUUGUCGCAGUGGGCGGCUUGUUGGUGAAGCAGGACCAGACGCGAACCUCAAAAGGCUCCAAAGCCUCUGCCCGGAGCCGUAGCGCCUCGCGGCCGCCCAAUUCAGCGACCCGCUCUGACGCGGCCAUGCUGGCGAGGAAGUCGACCAUGUCGCGGAAGUCCAUGAAGUCGGUGACCUUUGGCGCCGAUGAGGACAAGGCCUGGACAAGCCCGACAAGGGGGAAAAGAAAGGGCCCACGGCGCGGCCAAACAUGGACACACAGAGCCCGAGAAGGUGGAGGAGUUUGUGAUGGAUGGCCCCGAGAUUCCUUCGGAAACGGAGACGGAUUUCAGUGGCCUGGGAGAGGCAAAUGACCAACUCCCGUAUCCCUCCCAUCCCUGCUGUCCUGAUGAGACAUCCACAUGAUGCUGUGUGAGCGUUUGCCUCUAGAUGUCUUGCUCGGGCAGUCUGAUCUUCAAAGCAACUCACCAAUCCCUUUUCACACAGAACAUCA